AGCAUGUGGAGAGAGUGGGAGGACCCACGAGUACAGAUUACGCACCGUUAAAACUUUCUGCAGAGGAAAAGUCUUACAACUCGUCAGACUUUAAAAAAAUGCUUCUGUCAGAGUCUGAGGAUGAAUUAGAACAGCUCCACUCGGAUUUAGACUCUGAGAGCAGCAAUUGCAGUUUGGAGGACGACUACAUUCCGGGGAGGUUGUCCCGAGGUUCAGACCAGGAAGACUCCACUGAUGAGGACAGUUCAGAUGAGGAGUGGGAUAACACGCCCCAAAAGAGAAGAGCUUCCAGAAAGCGUUGCCGCUCUGUUUCUGCUUCUCCAGCAUCGUCAUCCUUAAAAUCCCCAUCUAAGAAGAGUCCCCACAGAAAGAAGAUCCACUUUGAAUCUACACCCAAAAAAGGCACCUCCUCCCCCAGAACUGGCAAGACAUCCUCCACUCCACACAGAAAGAAUGAAAGUGGAAAGAAGCGAGCAGAAAGACGGCUUGUGACAGAGGAAGAGGAUGACGAUGGAGACCGGUGGCGCAACAUCGAUGAGGACGAUGUUGAGCCUCCUCAACCACGAUUCAGACCUGAGAGGGACGUAGGGCCACAGCUGAAUAGAACUGCCAAUUACACACCACUUGAACUGUUCCAGCUGUUCUUCUCUACAACAGUAAUCGAUACAUUGGUAAGAAAUACCAAUGCCUAUGGGAGGAAGAAAUACCAAGGCCAGAAGGAAAGCUGGGUGCCUGUCACAACAGCAGACAUGUACUCCUUCAUCUGCCUUGUCCUCUACAUGGGUAUUGUUCCACUAAAAACUCUGAAAGAGUUCUGGAGAGGAUCUAAGCUGUUCAGCCUGCCAUUUCCUGCCUCAGUUAUGCCCUGCAGACGCUUCCUGGCCAUUUCCCGCAAUCUACACAUGAAUGAUCCUGCAGUCGAAGCAGCAAAUGAUCAGAAGAAAGGGACAUUAGAGUAUGACAGACUUUGCAAGAUAAAGCCACUAUAUAAGCAGAUUGUGGAGGCCUGCCACACAUUCUUUCAUCCCCACCAGCAUAUCUCCAUAGAUGAACGGAUGGUGGCGAGUAAAGCAAGGGUCGGGAUCAAGCAGUACAUUAAAAACAAGCCAACUAAAUGGGGCUUUAAACUUUUUGUUUUAGCAGAUUCAGUGUGUGGCUACACCCUGAACUUUUUUGUGUAUGGGGGAAGAGAUAGUGUACCCACUGGAAAAGGGCUAAGCUAUGAUGCUGUCAUGAGGCUGCUGAACAUCCCCUUUCUGGGUAAAGGAUACAAACUCUAUGUGGACAACUUUUACACCAGUCCAACACUAUUCCUUGACCUCCUUCAGAGAAAAAUCUGGGCAUGUGGCACUAUUCGUUGCAAUGUUGCUGGUUAUCCCAGAAUGAAAAAGAAUGACAUGACCAAGAAAACAACAAGGGGAACUAUCCGUUGGAUCAGACAAGGGGAGCUGUUGUUUGUUAAGUGGUUAGACACCCGCGAGGUAACAAUGUGCUCCACCAUACACAAAGCAUACAGCAAUGACACGGCGAAGCGUAAAAUAAAAAACGCAGAUGGACAGUGGACAGUGAAGCAGGUGCCUAUUCCAGGCUGCAUCAAAGAUUACAACCGACACAUGGGCGGUGUUGACUUGUCUGAUGCACUUAUUGGUUACUACAAUGUCCUCCACAAGACUCAGAGGUGGUACAAAACUCUGUUUUAUCAUUUUGUGGACAUAGCCACUGUCAAUGCCUUCAUCCUCCACAAAGAAAUGUGUAAACUGCAGAAUCGGCCCACAGUUAGACAGAAAAAUUUCAGGGAACAACUGAUUUUGUCCCUGGCUGAGAUUGGGUCCACUCCACGCCGGUCAGCUCCACAAAACUUUAUGCUGCCUGCCUCUCCUAUCAAAGUGCCUCUUGCUUCUCCAAAGAAAGUGGCGCCUGCCUCCCUGUCCAAUGUGUCGUCAGCUUCCCCAUCUGUGUUACCCCCUGGCUCUCCUUCCACAGUACCACCUGCUAAAGCCUCUGCUGCUCCAGGUUUAGGUCACCUGCCAUCUUACUUCGUAGAACAAAUGAGCAAUGUGGCCCCCAGGGAUCGGGCCACUGCUGGCAGAAGGGCAUGUGUGGUCUGCAAAAGAAAGUCGCCAGUCUAUUGCAGCACUUGCCAGAAAACACUUUGUUUUACUACUUUAAGGAACUGCUAUAGUGAGUGGCACAGAAGCAACAGUAUCUGUAUCUAAGUUAAAGACUUACUUGUAUACUGUCUCUCCUAGAUACCCAUUUUUUUUACCAUGAUUACACUGAGUACUUAAAAAGCCUGUUCAGUUGAUCUCCAAGUAGUAUGAGAUUAACACAACUGACUGGCUUUAAGCCAUGAAGCCACGGACAAUACUGAACUACAAAAUAAGUUUUAAAUCACAUUACUCAAACAGGCCACAGAUAUACGCCCAUCAGCCACAAUGUUAAAACCAGUUACCUGUUUUUAUGCUGUGGCUGAUCGGUGUAGAAUAGAUAAUGACUUUAAAAAUCUGUGUUUAGGGAACUACAUACAAGGAGGAAUCUACCCAUUAUCUUGAUUGACUGAAUUAACUGUUAUAUAUUCCCUAGACUUCAGUAUCUCUUCUGGUCAUUAUCCAUUCAGAUACCUCAAAGCGUCUCUAAAACCCUUAUUAAAAACAUUAGAGAAUUUAUAUGGACUUGUAAAGUGUCUUACAAACCAGUGCUGCCUGGAUUAAUUUCAGUGAGAGCACAGCAGCAGCUUUGGUCUAGCAACUAUGGAGGGGAACUGCAGUUUUGCCGUUCAUGGGGGUAAAAUUUUUUACUGGCAGACCGACGUCACUUCCCACUUUGUGAAUGUUUUUGUUAGGUUGUCUUCGACUAACCAGCUGAAAUUAUUAUGUAGCGGAGUGAAUGUGAGCAAAACAACAUACAUGCUCCUAAGAAGAAGGUGUCAGGCAAUUUUAUUUACAAAUCUUAUUCUACAACCAUUUCUACUAAGAAUGAAUAUGUUGCUUUAAUACAUUUAAUCAAACAAAAUAUGAGGCCCACAGAAAUUGUGAACUGAAAACUGAACUAUUAUCUAAACGAUCCUUGAGAAGUGAUCUCAACCCCAGUGACUCAGAGAUUCAGCAUCAUAAGUGGAGACAUACUGUAUCUACCUACCUCUGUCUGGAAGACUGCUAUGAAAAUAGAUACCUUGUGUCGUCCUCUUUUUUUAUCCACAGCUAAGAUCCUGUCUUACAACAAUCCUGGAACUUGAACUUACGUUACUGGUGCUCACUGAUGAGGUGAUGUUGUCUCAUGCAUACAUAUAGAUUUAUGUCAAGAAUGUAGCCUUCAUUAAUUACUGUGGAUUGUACUGUAUACUGUAACUUGAAUGUAAUAACUGAUGCGGAGGACAGCUUUUUAAACUACCACUGAGUAUUAUUACAUGUGCACUAUGUUCUUUUUUCCCUGGUUUUGAUAUUUACAAUAUGGUGUUUACAUGAAACUUAAGAGUAACUGGUUAUUCAGGCUUUUGUUUCUGUCAUUAUACAGGUUUUGGAUUGUGUGGAUGGUGUUGGACUUUUCAGUAUCUCGGUAUCAGCUAAUCUUUGACAUUUCUAUUAUCUUAGCACCUGAGAAAUGUUUCUGUUAGAUUUGGCCUCUUCAGCUUGACUUCCGGUAACCACAAUAAUGUGAAGUUUAGCGUGCACCAGCAUAGAUUACAGACAGUGAUUAAGGUGUUUUUAAUUCCACAGUAACCCAGCACUCCUUACCAGUAGAGGUACUUUUACAAAGAUUUCUGAAAUGAGGAGGGUUACGCACAAAUAUAAUACAAAAUACAGGAUCAUUGUGCAUAUACUGUACAUAUACAACUUUAUACGGAUAAACCAUCUCAUUUUCAAGGGGUUCCCUUCCACAAAUAUACAGAUAAUGCAAUAUAGAACUCACUGAUUCACUGCUGUUUACUUAAUCAACUCUACCUCACUCCACAAUCAAUUCAAACUUGAAAGAUCAGUAGUAUCUGUGACACCAACCAAUAUCACAGGGACCAUUUUCCCACUGGAUACAAAUGCUUUGUUUGUGCUCAUUUAAGAAACUCUCCAUGUUUAUUGAAAUACAUUAUUAUAGCUUUAUGUUUUGCCAAAUGAAAAGUGGUGACCUCAAAGUCUUACUCUCCUGUACUCAUUGAUAUGUGGAUUUUGGACAUAUAAACUUGAUAGAGCAAUUAUCAGACCUGUAAUGUCUCUCUCACUAUGUUUAUGUAUCUGCACGUUGGUUGGGGCAGGGACAUGAAGUUGUAUUCUUUUGUGUGUACUGUACAAAUAGAAUAAAAAUGUAAAAAGGGAUCUGUAUGUAUUAAUGCUUU